GUGCAAUGUGCAGAACCUGUCGCCGGGUGCACGGCAAUUGCUAUGGGACGUGGAAGUACUUCCAGGACCAGCGGCGCAUCGUAGACUACGUGCUCGCAUUCAAUGGUGAAGAUGAAAACGCGGAAGCGAAACAAAAACGAGCCAUCUACCAACGAAACCUCGAAAAUGAAGGACUCCAGAUUGAGACGGAAAACUGUCAACGGAUCCAUUUCGUCAAGAUCCACGUACCGGAGCAGGUCCUUUCGCACUACUGCGAAAUCAUGAAGAUGCAGAUGCCGAUGAAGAAGCUCGACAAUCAGGACAAGAUCAUAAUGCGCGAUUUCAGCAUCCAGAGCACGCUGGUACGGUUGUUCCGGCGGCCCCUCUUUAACUUUGUCAUUAUUGAUCGGCAAAAGUUUGCACCGCCCGAGUAUCGGCUGAUGUACGAAUAUUCGCGCGAUAAACCAUACCUGUUCAAUGACAAGGAGCCGAACUUCUUCACACCGAGCAUACGGAUUGCGGUGGCCCACUUCAUCCUGGAGCGGACGUACUUUAGUGAGGCGGUCGACGAGAAGAAAGAUAUCGGUAUCCGGCGGCUGAUGGAGGACCAGGUGUAUCUGGAUGCGUACCCACUGCACGACGGGUGUACGGAUGUGAAAUCGAGCUGCCAGCGGGCACUGCUGCUCGAGGAGUGGGCAUCGAUAAGCAAGUGGAUCAAGCAUCAGCCGCUCGAUCAUAUAAAGGAGUACUUCGGGGUGAAGAUAGCGAUGUACUUUGCGUGGCUCGGAUUCUACACGCACAUGCUGAUACCGGCAUCGGUUGUCGGUUUGAUAUGCUUCUUUUACGGGCUGCUUACGUACCCGGCGAAUCGGAUCAGUCAGGAGAUAUGCGGUGACAACGGGACCAUCAUGUGUCCACAGUGCGACAAGUACUGCGAUUACUGGUACCUGAAGACGACCUGCACCAUCUCGAAGCUGGCGCAUAUCUUCGACAACGAAAUGACGAUUGUGUUUUCGAUUUUUAUGUCCGUUUGGGCAACGCUUUAUCUAGAGAUGUGGAAACGAUAUUCGUCACGUAUCCAGCACCGUUGGGGUAUUACUGAGUACUGCUCGCUGGCAGAGCCACCGCGCCCUCAGUAUCUGUCUCGGUUGAAAAAUAUCAAGAAGAUGAUGUUUAACAUUGCCACCGGCGCGCAGGAACCGUCGCCACCGUUCUGGACUAAAAAGUUCCCUAGCUUCCUCUACAGUUACUCUGUGAUUUUCCUAUUUAUUUUACUAACUAUAGCCGCUGUCUUCGGUAUCGUAGUCUACCGUAUGUCACUUAUGACCUCGAAAAAUAUUUAUGGCGAUGGUGGUUCGGUUUCGGGUAAGCUGAUCAUCUUUCCCGCGACGACGGCCGCCAUCAAUCUGCUCGCAUCGACUGCACUCACCUACGCCUACCAGUACGUAGCGGAGUACAUGACGAACGUCGAAUACCGGCGCACCCAAACCGAGUACAACGAAAGCCUCAACCUGAAGAUCUACCUGUUUGAGUUCGUAAACUACUACAGUUCCAUCUUUUACAUCGCGUUCAUGAAGGGAAAGUUCCCGGGCUAUCCGGCCAAGUACAACCGGAUACUGCACCUACGGCAGGAGGAAUGUAGCCCGGGCGGUUGUCUGAUGGAGCUCUGCAUACAGCUCGCCAUCAUUAUGGUCGGUAAGCAGGCGAUUGGGGCAAUAACGGAAAUCUUGAUACCGUUUCUAGUGCAGAAGUUUAAAGAGUUCCGUAGUGUGCUUGGUAUUGAGGCGGCAGGCAAUGAAAAUGGCGAGCGGUUGAUCUGCUGCAAUCAGUGGACCAAAGAUUUUAACCUCAUUGACUGGCACGACCGAAGCUUGUUCAACGAAUACUUGAAGAUGGUUAUCCAGUACGGGUUCAUCACGAUCUUCGUAGUGGCCUUUCCGUUGGCACCGUUCUUUGCGCUGCUGAACAAUGUGUUCGAAACGCGGCUGGAUGCGAAAAAGUUCCUACUCUACUACAAGCGUGCCGUACCGCAGCGGGUCCGCGAUCUUGGCAUCUGGUACAACAUUAUGCAUGUGGUCGGAAAGGUUGCCGUCAUAUCCAGUGCCUUUAUUAUAGCAUUUUCCUCCAACUUUAUACCACGGCUAAUGUACAUGAACGUCGUCAAUCCGACCGGUACGGAUGAGGGUUUCGUUAACCACACGCUCGCCUACUUUAACGUGUCGCACUUCGAAGCUAAUGCAGCGCCGGAAAAUAGCACCUUCUCGAAUAUUACCAUCUGCCGGUACUCCGAGUAUCGCAACCCACCGGACGAUCACCGUCCGUACAAGCGACCGUCCAUCUACUGGCAGAUUCUAGCGAUCCGGCUCACGUUCGUCGUCAUCUACCAGAACUUGGUGAGCUUUGUGCAGAUUGUGGUGGCGUGGGCAAUACCCGACGUACCGACCCGGUUGCAGGAUCAGAUCAAGCGGGAACAGUACCUCACCAACGAGUACAUCAUCGAGCAGGAAAAGCUGAAGAUGCGUACCGGUAAUGGUGGAUGUGGAACACCCGUCGCUGGAGCCUACACACAAAACGGGUAUCUCCCGUCGGAGGACAGUAGCCCGGACGAUGAGAAGCUAAACUAUGGCUCGAUCGCGGACGACAAUGAGUAUCCGCUGCGAAUGCAGACCGAUGACUGUGAACCGUACGAAGCGUACGGUAUAGUGACGUCGCGGGUGUAGACCGCGACAUCGGCGCAUC